GGAGGGGCAGGGCAGUUGACUGUGAGAGGGGCGGUGAGCAAGCUGCUCCCGUCUCAAGGCGAGGCUUGGCCUCCCCAGCAGAGACGGGGAGAAGCGGCAGCAGCGGCGGCGGCCCGUGGGCCGGCUGGUGAGGUGAUGGCGGCCCCGGCCCCGGGGGCUGGAGCAGCCUCGGGUGGCGCUGGCUGUAGCGGCGGCGGCGCGGGCGCGGGCUCGGGCUCGGGCUCGGGCUCGGGGGCCGGGGGCCGGCUGCCCAGCCGGGUGCUGGAGUUGGUGUUCUCUUACCUGGAGCUGUCCGAGCUGCGGAGCUGCGCCCUGGUGUGCAAGCACUGGUACCGCUGCCUUCACGGCGAUGAGAACAGCGAGGUGUGGCGGAGCCUGUGCGCCCGCAGCCUGGCAGAAGAGGCUCUGCGCACGGACAUCCUCUGCAACCUGCCCAGCUACAAGGCCAAGGUACGUGCUUUCCAACAUGCCUUCAGCACUAAUGACUGCUCUAGGAAUGUCUACAUUAAGAAGAAUGGCUUUACUUUGCAUCGAAACCCCAUUGCUCAGAGCACUGAUGGUGCAAGGACCAAGAUUGGUUUCAGUGAGGGCCGCCAUGCAUGGGAAGUAUGGUGGGAGGGCCCUCUGGGCACCGUGGCAGUGAUUGGAAUUGCCACAAAACGGGCCCCCAUGCAGUGCCAAGGUUAUGUGGCAUUGCUGGGCAGUGAUGACCAGAGCUGGGGCUGGAAUCUGGUGGACAAUAAUCUACUACAUAAUGGAGAAGUCAAUGGCAGUUUUCCACAAUGCAACAACGCACCAAAAUAUCAGAUAGGAGAAAGAAUUCGAGUCAUCUUGGACAUGGAAGAUAAGACUUUAGCUUUUGAACGUGGAUAUGAGUUCCUGGGGGUUGCCUUUAGAGGACUUCCAAAGGCCUGCUUAUAUCCAGCAGUUUCUGCUGUAUAUGGCAACACAGAAGUGACUUUGGUUUACCUUGGAAAACCUUUGGAUGGAUGACAGUGGCUUUCUUGGGAUGAAAGACAAAGUAGAGGAGAUAAUCUGCUUGUGGAAAUCAGAAUCAUGAAGUGACAGUGUCAUACAUGCAUGCCCAAGAAACAUCUUGAAAAACACAAUGAAAUUGUUAACUGGAGAAGCAACUCUACAGCAGAGAUUAUCUUAGUGUUUCCUCUUUCUACUGGGCCAGAAAAUCCUCAGGGUUGCACUUGGUUGAGUGGGCAGUUGACAUAUGCAUGUUGCAACUGAUUUUGUCUCUAAGUUAGCAAUGUGUUAUUUCCAACUUUUAAGGUGAGAUUGUAGAGAUGCUGUAAAAGGGAUAAGAUAAGGAAAUAGCAAGAUUUUUAAGUAGUGUGUUUGUGAAGAAAGACUGACCCUGUUUUACAACUGCCUGUUUUUUCUCCAGACCCUUUUUUUCCAACCAGCUUGACUAUUAGAAAAGUAUGAAACUGGUUGGGUUUUAUUUAAUAUUUUUAAUAUAUUGAGAAGCAUGGUCUGCUUGGACUGCACUUCUCUAACAGUGAGAUGUAAAAUUGUGCAGCUAUUUUAAAAGUUGUAUAUACAAUAUGUGUGUAAAAACAACUAUAAAAAAAACAGGACAAAGGGAUUGCUUUGUUCUGGUUCAAUUUCUUAAAAACCACUACAUGGUACAAAAUUAAAAUAACAUUUAGAGACAAUUAGGUAACUACAACGAAGAGGGUUUUGAGAGGAGAUGUGUUGUAUUGGCUCAUUUUGUAUUAUAUUUGGUUUACAGUUUCUAUAGCUAUUCUGAUUUAAAAAAAAAAAAAGACCAAAAUUAUUGUAAAACUCCUUUAAUCUCCUGGCUAAAGAUUGAGGGAAGGGAAAUUUAUUUCUAACCGUACAUAUAUCAGUAAUAAUAAUGUGCAUCUCGUAGUACCUGGUUUUAGUUUUUGGCCUUCUGAGAAAGUGUCUCAUGACAACACACAACAUUGCCAUUUGCUUUUAUAGGCCUCACAUAUGAAAGCUGUUAGUCACAGACCUUAGGAAAGGAAUUGAUAAAUGGUCCUUUUAUUUUGUAACUUUAUAAUGCUGUAGAUAUUAUAAUUUUUUAAAUUUCAUAUUGUUUACAUCAUGCAACAAUCUAAGCCUCAGACUCUUCAUUGGGGUUAUCAAAAUGUUUACUCACCCACCUGGAACAGUGCCAACCUGAACCCAGGUUAAGAAUGUUCUUAAUCUCAGUAUAUGUAAUUGCCCCCAUGGGACUUGAAAUAGAACACCUUGUGCUGAAAACUUCAGGUUGGCAAUAUUUUGAAGGUUUCAUUGUAGAAGAGCUUAACAUUAAUUCCUAUUCUGAAUUUUUGACUAAUAAAUCUGAUUUCACUAAUACUCUUUCGAAUUAAUAAUCCAACAUACAUGAGCUGAGAUUUUCUUUUGUUAGAAGAGAAACAAACGUCAUCUUUCUGUAUGAAAGUAUAAAUUGUAUGGUGUCAGAUACAUCUUUGUGAUAAGAAUUGACUAAGGCAGGUGGAAUCUUUGUACUUUUUAGGUUAUUGCUGUAUGUAUAUUUUGUCUUAAAUCUAAUAAAAUUAGGGACAGCAAGAAGCUGGUUGGGGUUCUUGGACUGCUCCUUGAGAGUUAAGAUUAUCAAUACUCCUAUGAAGCAGGGGAUUUGAAUCAUGAACAAAGAUUUAUUUUUGCCACCUGACAAGUUUAUAAAUAUUUAUUGUGUAUUUAGUAUGUUGCUUAAAGGUGAAAUCUGUUAAAAAUUCUUUUUGCUACCCAUGUCAAGAAGAAACUCCUGGAAACCAUACUUAAUAGUACUGAGUGAAAUUAUAUGUUACAUGUAUUAGUGAAUAUAGCUGCUACAGAAAUUGAUUUUUCUUGGUGUGGAAUGACUUGGUGUGGAAUUUGGCAAAGUUUAAAAUUAAAGAGAAUUGGGUUAGGGUGAAGACUGAGCUGGUUAGAAAACUAUGAAGCCCUUUAAGUACUUGUUUUCUUUUUCAAGUUAUGAUAUAGCCAAUUCCAAGAGCUGUCGCCAAGAGUUUUGUUUAAAACUUCCAUUUUGUCUUGUCAGUAGAUGUUCAUUUUGUAACGAAGUUUUGAAGGUGCUGAAUGGAAAACAAAAACACAUGGUUAUUGCAUAUAAAACCUGAAAUCAAAUAAUUGCCUAAAUGUUUAACAAGCUAUUCUUAUCUCAAAGAUUGGAAUUUCCUACUAGCCCAUUUCAAAUUGUAUAAAAUUGGUGGUUCAUAUUUACCAUGAGUAUCAGGGAAAUGAAGAGCCUUCAUUUAUAACCUGAUAAGUGAAUUUCUUACUGGAAAUGAAUAGUAGCGCUACAGAAUAUUGAAGCAAAUUUCUACAAUGUUCAAGGAAGUGGAGUCCCUUUUUCAUUGAUGGGAUCUCUUUUUCAGAGAGCAUUUAGGUAGAAGACAGUUGUACCUGAAGAUUGAGUAUAAGUCAUCUAAACCAGUAGUUAACCAUAGCUGUACUUUAGAAUCAUGUGCGUUUUUAAAAAUAUUGAUACUUGGGUCCUACACCUAAGAUUCUGAUAUUGGUCUGGGAUGUGACAUAACCAUAAACAUUUUUUUAAAUUUCCUAGAUGAUUUUCAGUACGCUGCCAAUGUUGAGUUCAAAAUUCACUUUUAAGUUUUCUCAUCUGCAAAAUUAAUAAAAUAUCCUUGCUCCCUCCCUUCACUACCUCACAAGAAUAUUGAGGGUAGAGAAAAUAACAGGAAAGUGCUUGUGUGACGGAUAAAAAGUGCUAUUGAAAGGCAAAGUAGUUUUGUAUUUCAACUGAAACUUUGAGCAGGAAAAAUGUGUAAUUGAAUUUGCUUUUUUGACUUGAGAAACUGGGAGCAUUCUCUGGUUCUUAACUUUAGUGAAGCAUGCAGAUGUGUAAGCAAACAUUUCUAUUACUCUCACUCAUACUAUGGUAUUCUGUCAUAUUUGAGAUAGGCUGUUCUGAUCAUCUGGUUUUACAUAGGAAGAAGAAAUAUUAGGCUUAACGUCUGUAAUGGUCAAUGGCUCAUAAUUCAUUAAAACAUUUCAUACAAAGAGUCCUGUCGUCUUAAUAUAUAUCAUUUCAUAGUUGCCAUUAUUUUUUUCAUUAUCUGACUUUUGAAUGUUCAGCCAUUUGUUUUAUCUCCUUCAUUUUUAUUCAUGUAAAUUUAGGUUUAGACUUGAGAAAGCACCUAAAGCAAGUAGGUUUUGCCCAGUUGAAUAUUUAAGUCAUGGCUCAAUGAUUAGGUAUCUUCUGCCUUUUAGAUGUGAUUUGACCAGGGAAAGAGUUUAGAAAGUAACAGCCCUAAAACCGUAUAGUAGGUAUUAUAAUUAACUUUUAAUUUAAGUCCCCAAACUGCUGUUCAUAUAAACUGUAAUAUUAAUAUUUUUUAUUUUAAAAAAUCAGCAGUUUGAAGAGACAGAAAUUUAAGGAGAUUUAAAGAUGAACAUUGAGAAGAUUACUCUCUAGACAUCAAGACCACCACGUUGGGACCUCUUUGAGGCUUUCCUUGAAGGAACAGUCCAUACCCAACCCAAAUACCAACUAUCCUCACAAAGCAUUCCUCAAUUUCUCUAGCUGAAUGUAAUCCCGCCUUUCUUGAAAUUUUCCUAUUUUUAUAUUUUAUCUGUACUUAAAACAUGCUGUGUUACUUUAUACCACCUAUAAAUUUAUUUAUAGAUUAUUUCUUGGUAUCUUUUCUCCCCUGAACAUCUUAGGACAGGAUCUCUGAUGAACUCAUCUUUAUGUCUAAAUCAUCUCAACUCAAUAAGCAGGUGUUCACAUAUUUGCUGAAGGAACAGAGAAGGAGCUAUGUAGGAAGACAAAAGCUCCCCUAAAGUUACAGACUACAGUAACAAAAGAUGAGAAAGAAAUCUGUAUCCUGUUUAAGUGAAGCACAAAGGAAAGGGAUGCAAAUCUGAGGCUAACAAGGAAAUGACUGUGAAUGCAUUUUAGCCAUUCCCCUUUAUUCUUAAAUAUUGGUAAACUCUGAUUUUUAGGUCUUGGUGUAGAUUUCAUAUUUGUUUAGAAUUUAGAAUUCUGUAUUUUAAUUUUUGGAAAUUCUUUUGUUUUGCUUUAGUUUCUUAAUAAAAAGUUAAACAUUAACCACCUGUGAUUGCUUACAUUUAAAAUGAGGACCUUUUUUUAUAUGUAGCUCAGAAAGAAAAACGGGUAUAUUAGUAGUCGAAUGUAAUGGAAUUUACCUACAAAUUCCAUAGCUUUUAAUACUGGAAUCCACAUUUAUCAAGUUUAAAAUGGAACAUGGACAGGGAAUAGUAAUUCACUAGGAUUCUGUUCCCCUGUUGCUUCCACCCCCAGAUAAUAGUUGUUUGAUAAUGCAAUCGUUUGCCCAGAGUAAUAAGAGAUUGAUGUGGCUGAACAAAUGGCUCCUGUGAUCCAAAACCUUAAAGAGGGCAUGAGUUGGUCAUGUUGCUAAAAGUUGCUUGAUGCAUUAAUAUGUUAAAAUUUAUACAAAAGAUUUUAAUUUUCUAAAAGCAAAGUAGGUGUACAAUUUCUGUGUUUAGUGGGAAGAGA